AUGGGCCGCUUCAACCACCUCCUCCGCCCACGACCGCCGCAGAACGGGCACGCCCCCCCACAGCCGGCGGGCACGCAGACGCCCAGAGUCCCGCAGUACCUUGGGCCGCCGCACGCGCCCCACGACGCGGGGCAGUGGAGCGUCGACGCGCUGCUGCACGUGCUGAAUCCGCUGCCCGCGUGCCAGCGCUACGGGACCGUCGCGCGGAUCGGGGCCGCGAUGCGGCAGCAGCACCAGGUACACGCGGCCAACCUGUGCUCGCAGCUUGAGGCGCUGGACAACUUCUACGCGCGCGGCAUCGCCGCUGGCCUCGCGACCGCUGCUGGCUUGAACGCGUGGACGUCCGCCCAUGUGGGGAAUAACAACGCCUUCAUCCAGGCGUGGGCUCUGCGCUCGGCGCGCGAGCUCGGCCCGGCGAUCGACGACAAGGUGUUCGAGGACGUCGUUGCGCCGCUUACGCCUGGCGCCGUGCCCCUCGCCACGAGGCGGCAAUGCCUAGACUCGCUUGAAGGGCGGACGGCGCUCGUCGACCGGCUGGUCGCCAAGUUUAUGGACUACGCUGGCCAGCAGGUGGACCCCGAGUCGGCGGAGCGCAUCCUCGGCUUCGCGUCCCCACAGGUCGUGCAGCGCUACCUGCCUGACCUGCUGCACAUGCUCGCGCACCCGAAGCGGCUGGCACGGCGCCACCCCGAGGAGCUGGUGGCCGCGCUCGAGGCGGACCUCGCGCGCGUCGCCGGCGCCGUCGGUGCGCGGGUGUGGCCCUGGUGGGACGCGCGCGCGCGCACGAUCGCCUCGCUGCUCAAGUAUGCGCCUCACCUCAUCACCCGCGUGUUCGCGUGGGUCGACAGGUGGGACUUUCACAAGGAGGUGGAGGCGGACGGAGAGAGCAGGUUCGAGCUUGUCCCGCGCGUGCUGUUCGACCUCCAGGCCGCCCGGCUGGCGCGGUACGAGCCCGACCGGAUCGUGGCGCUGCAGCUCGACAACAACAUGACCCACGAGCGCAUGUCGCAGAACACGCGCCGUCGAUGGCUCGCCAACCUGAGCGACGACGCGCUGGAGCGGUACACCGACUUCUGGGCCGGCGCCGAGCCCUCUGAGCGGGACACGUUCCUGCGCUACCUGGCCCCCAAGCGGCGGCUGGAGACGGCCGCCAAGAUGAUGGGCAAAGGCCCGACGCAUCUCGCGCUCGCGGAGCUGCUCCACCGCUCGGAUGCGGCAGGGCUCGCGCGCACCGCGCUCAAGGACAUGGAGAGCAAGAACGACGGCUGGACGCUCGAGGCGCACUGGCUCAAGCUCCUCCCGCCGGCCGAGGCGCGCCCGCGACUGCUAGCGCGCACGCGCCACCCUGGGCGCGAGACGACCGAGGCCGAGGACGACGAGCGCGCCGUCGCGUGGUGCAUGUUGAUUGAGAAUGCCCAGCGGAGCGGCGACCCGGCGGCGCUCACCGCCGUGCUGGAGCAGCUCGCGCCUGCGCUGGCGGGCGAGGAGCCGUCGGUGCGUGCCCGGGCGCAGAACACGCUCGUCGCCCUCCCGAAGCGGCUGUUCGCGGCCGAGGGCCUGCCGCACCUCGAUCGCAUAAUCGACGACCUGAUGGUGCCCGACUGCUUCUUGCCGCGCGACGUCGUGGUCCAGGUAUGGGCCUUCCAUGUCAUCAGCGUCGUGAGCGCGCACCCUACUAGCCCGAGGCACGCCGCGUGGUGGGACCACCAGUUCCACCGGCUCAUGCGCUCCGUGGACGACAGCACGCAGAUCAGCGCCCCGUGGGACGAUUUCACUAUCCGCUGGGGGGAGGAGCACGCUGUCUGGGCGGCAUUCAAGCCGCUCAUCGACGUCGCAAGGGCGAGCGACAGCUUCGCGCUCCUCGCGUGCGUGUGCAAGUCGCUCGGGCGAAAGAGCUACCGCCUCGCCCCGCUCCAGGCCGAGCUGGCGGCCUUCAUCGAUAACCCGGCCGCGGUGACCUCGCUGAGCGGCCAGGCCAACCUCGACACGGCGAUAAAGUUUUAUCUGGCCGACUCGGCGACGCGCGACGAGCGCGUCGCGCACGUCGUCGCCAAGCACCCCUCCGCCAUCAAGCUGUGGCCGGUCGGCAGGCGCGUCAUGUCGGCGCGCACCGACUUGCUCACGCAGUACCUUGUCCACCCUGUGCCUGUUGGCGUGUUCAACCGGCCCGACGCGCUCCAGACGCUCAUCUUCCCCAAGCGUGAUCACCUCAACAGGUGCACGUUGGACCAGCACAAUGCGUUCCGUGACGUCCGCGCCGCGAGGCUCAGCCUCCCCACCCUGCCUGACGACCACGAGGGCCCGCAGUGUUCGUUCGACGAGAAGGCCGCGAGCAUCCUCACCCUUUGUGUGCUGCACGGAGGGUACGACGUGAUCGAGCAGUACCCGAUCGACAGGGAGGACGAGCACAAGUUUGAGCUGCACCGCAUGAGGAUCUUUUCGUACAUUGACAAGCCCGACGGGAUCGGAAGGACCCUCCACAACGCUGGAACGCCGUUCACCUACACCGUGAUGGGCACAUGCUGGUCACGGUCCAAGCUUGUCCCAGCGCAAGAGCUGCAGAACGAGCUCAACAUCGUCAUGAACGACGAGCAGAACGACAAGUGGACGCGAACCGAGGCCGCGCGGAUGGUCGUGUCGAGGAACCCUAUCCCGCUCGCCACGACCAUGGUGGAACGCUUUGCGCGGCUCGCCGUGGACGAGAAGGGCGAGUGGGCAUGGAGCGUGGCGGUCAAGCAGGCGCUCCGCCACCUCCUGGCCUUCGACGGCGCGUGGACCCUCAUCGACCACGCUGUCGAGCAGCACGGCACGCCCAUGCUCCGCCUGCUCCUCGACACCAAGCCGUGGCAGAUGGCCCAGUCGGUGCGCGACCGGUACGUCAAGUACCUCGUCCCGCUGCUCGAGCACGACGACGACAGCCUCGCGCAGGCAGCCGUCGAGGCGAUGGACGACUGGAUCCCGUAUUCCGCCGACAUUAUCCCGGCCCUCUCGCGCAUCGUCACAAACUUUGACAUUGAGGACAAGGGGCUCUGGCAGGCCGCCGCCGACCUGCUCGCGUAUUCCGCGACCGACGAGGCGACCAUCAGCCUCCUGUGCGUCACGAUGCAGAAGCUCGUCGACUACCCUCCCGAGCCGGAUGCUGGCGAGGACGCCGACCGGCCAGGAUACCGCCGCGCCAAGCACAUUCUCGACUACUACAAUGCCGACCUGGGCGAGGACGACCCGUUCCACCACCCGGCAGAGCGCGCGCUGGCUGAUGUGUUGGCGACGCACCCCGAGCUCUUCUUUGACGCGGUCAAUCUCCUGCUCACGUGCAUCGAUCUCGACUGGUCGGCCGAUCGGAUACUAGCCCACCUCGAGCUCGUUAUCGAGCGCGCCGGCCCGCAUAGUGGUCUCAGCUGGGGCUUUUCCGUCAACGUCGGCGAGGUGGUCAAGGGGCGCAAGAGCACGCCCGAGCGCCUCGAGACGCUGCACGAGGUCGCGCAGGUGCUCAUCGCUAAAGACGAUCUCAUGUCCAACAUGUUCGCCAACUGGAUCGUGAUUGAGUGCGGAGAUCACGCAGGGUGGCCGGAAGAAUGGCGAGAUCUGCUCCGCAACCUCCGACGGCACCCGCGGAUCGAGGUGAGGUACUUUGCUAUUCAGACGGACACGUCGAGCCAGGACGAGUAA